AUGGCGGUAAUCACAGCGAUUGGCCGCCGAGGUGCACUCGUUGGCGGCGACUUGGCACGAGGAGACGAGCUGGGGGGGACCUGGGCUCCUGGGGCUGUUGGGACAAGCGAUCUGCGGCGAGACUGGCGCCUUAUGGGACAGGGGGUGCAGCCCAAAUCGUCUGGUGUGGGUGGCAUUGAGCCGGUUUUUGCCCUGUUUGUCGACAGUGUCUGA